GGUCGUCGUCGUUACAGAUAAUCAGUCUGGGCUUUCCACACACACAAAUUGCUUGCCCACGUAUUCAUAUAAAACACCGACUGUUCAUUCGUUAUUUCAUUGUCAAAAGUGCCACUGCACGGAAACGAUUGAAAACCAUUGAAAGAAAGGUACUCAACUGUUGAAAUGUCCCUCAACAUAAGAUCGUCGCUGCGGCAAGCACUACUGCUAGCCAACCAGGCAACCAAUGGCCAGAAAGCCGCAUUGGGUCAACUUGCUCCUUCGCUCAAAAUGAAUCCGACCCCGGUGGCCUCUAAAUUUGAAAACAACAUCGUCACAUCGCCGUUUGGUGAUUGCAAACUCCACGACAUGUCGAUGGUCCAAAAGCUUUUCGAAAGUGCCAGCCGCUGGCCCACCAAAAUCGCAACGGAAUGCGGAGUAACUGGACGUAAAUACAGUUACGAAAUGAUGCGCCAAUUGAUUCGUCGUUUCGGCAGUGCGCUGACUCGAAUGGGAUUCCAAAAGGGCGAAGUGUUUGCCAUCAUUUCGCCAAACAUUCCAGAAUUCCCUAUCGCGUUGUAUGGAGCCUCCGGUGCUGGAAUGCCCGUCUCUUUGGUCAACCCUACCUACACUGCUGAGGAAAUGGCUCGUCAAUUGUCCAUCAAUGGCGCCACUGCUCUUUUUGGUGUUGCACCGAUGGCAGCGACGUUGAAAGAGGUGGCCCGUCUUUGCCCAACUAUUCGACGCAUCAUCCUGUUGGGUCCACCUCAAGAAGGAAUCGUCUCUUUCCAGGAAAUGGCGCAAGAUUCUGGUGAUCUUUUCAACGAAAACCUCGACGUUAAUGUCAAGGAGGAUAUCUUCCUGCUGCCCCACUCUAGCGGAACAUCAGGUUUGCCAAAGAGCGUCAUGUUGACCCACUUCAACAUGAGUUCAAACGUCAUGCAAUUCUUGGAACCUGGCGGCACCAAUCACCAACUGGCUACAUCCGAAUACCAAGACACCUACAUCUGUCUCCUUCCCUUCUUCCACACGUAUGGCAUCACGAUUCUGAUGAACACGGGAUUCCAGACGGGCGCCAAAUUGGUGACACUGCCACAAUUCGACGUCCAAACUUACUUUAAAGCCAUCGACGACCACAAGCCGACGGCCAUGCACAUUGUCCCCCCUCUUGCGUCCCUUCUUCUCCAAUAUCCGGCCCUGAAAACCGAAUCGUUCAGUCGGUUGCACACGAUUUUCUGCGGUGCGGCUCCUCUGAACGUUAAAACGUCGGCCAAGUUGAUUGAACGACUAAACAAUCCAAACACUAGUCUGCAAGAAGGUUACGGACUUACGGAAACAUCCCCAGGAAUUCUGAUGUCUCCGUUGGGUAAUACCAAGUUCGGCUCGUGCGGUCCCCCUAUUUCCCGUUCAAAGGCCAAAGUCAUCAAUCACAAUGUGAGCGAUCAAGCUCUAGGACCGUACCAAGAGGGCGAACUCUACCUGUCUGGACCGCAGAUCAUGAAGGGCUACUACAACAAUCCCGAAGCCACCAAAGAAAUGAUUAGCGAAGACGGUUGGCUACGUACUGGCGAUGUGGCCUAUUACGACGAAGAAGGCAAUUUCUACAUCGUCGAUCGAUUGAAAGAGCUCAUCAAAGUCAAGGGAUUCCAGGUUGCUCCGGCUGAGCUGGAAGACAUCCUCAUCACCCAUCCUGCCAUUGCGGAGGCGGCCGUUAUUGGAAUCCCCGACGAACAGGCGGGCGAAGUUCCACGCGCUUACGUGGUGAAGAGACCUGGAAUGGAUUCCGUCAGCGAUGAUGAGAUCGGGGCGUUCGUCAAUUCCAAAAUAUCGGCCCACAAGCAAAUCAAGGGAGGCAUCCAAUUUUGCGCUGCCAUCCCCAAAAACAACAUGGGCAAAAUCCUGCGCAAAGACUUGAGGGUCCAAUACGCUAAUGAAACCAUGGAUAAAAUCUAUUCCGCAACGGAUUCAACUGCGCGUCAGCUGGCCGAUCUCUAAAUGUGUUUUGUAUUCAUUCAUUUUCUGUUUCUCUUUUGUUUUCUCGGCGGAUUGUCUGUUUUUGCAAUGCGAGCAAUGCAGCUAUCGAAUUUCGUGAUAAAAUGUCUGAUUGAUCCCAUGCAUGCCUGUAUAAAAAUGUACUCACACAUAUUAUAUUUUACGUAUUAAUACAACAUUGAGCAAA